AUGAAAAAUUUAGAAAAUUAAUACAAACAGGAAUAUCCUAAUUUAAUUUCAUGCUUUAAAAGAAACACAUAUCAACUACCCUUAAUAAAAGCAGAUUUACAAGACAAAAUAGAUGAAUAAUUUGAUUAAGUGCAAAUAGAAAAUGAAUACACAAUUGAUACAAAUCUGCAGAUUGAAUAAGCAGAAAUCUUUAAAUGCUUUAAUCCUGAAGCUCUUAAUGAAGCAUUGUUUUAAAAUGCCACAAUCUUAAGAAAAUUCGGCAGAAUAAGAUCCUUGAUAUCUCGAGGCUAGUAUUUGGCAGUAGGAAGUAAUUUGGGCGCAGUGCUUAAUUUUUAUAUUGGGGCUGAUCCUCCCAAUAAAUCGUAUACAGAAAUGAAAAGUCAAUUGCUUUAUGCUGCAGAAAUAUGUUAGACAGAACAUGGUAGUGUAAACUAAUUAAGUUUUAAUCUAUCUUAAUCACAACUCGCUGUUGGUUUUGACAACGGAGUCAUAGGAAUAUAUGAUUUGAUUAAUAUGAAACAUUUGAAAUGGGUUAAAGUACACCAGAUUAGAAUAGUUUCGUUGGGAUAUGUUAAUGAAAACACAUUUGUUUCAGGCGAUGAAUAAGGCAAUUGUUUCAUAACUAGAUGUGCUAAAGGAAGAAUAUUUUAUGAUUUGGACUCCCAAUUCAUUGUAAAGUCACAACCAAUGUCCAUUAUUAGGUCAAUUCCUGUCAAAUGCAAACCAUUAUUUAAUUUUCCUGAAUAUACUAUUGUUGCUUUAGGUAAUGGAUACAAAUGUUGGGUCUUAAGGAUUCAAGAUUCUAAUGUCACUCAAUUCACUAUAUUGGCAGAUUUCUAAAAUGAUGCCCCUGAAAAUAAUUAAUGCAUAUUAGAAUGGGAUAUUCUUAAACUUGAAGAUAAAGAUAGAUUAGUAUUAGGAAUUUCUUGGACCAAUUAAACGAAAUCUUUUAUAUUUUAAGGAUCCGAAUAUGUGGAAGGUAAAAUUAGAGCGAAUUUUAAGUUAUUGAAAGAAAUCAAGAUGCCUGCUAAUUUUAUAUAUAUGAAUUCUAUUUAUAAUGAUUUAGUGUUGUUAUUAACCGAAAAGGGGGCAGUGUAUACAAGCAACUUUACUAAUUAUAAGACUUAGAAAAUUAUGUAAAUGUAAUAGUUUGAGCCCUUGCCUCUUAUGUAUUGGAAAGAUAAUAAAUAUGAGAGUUAAUUUAAUGUAUGUAUAUCGAACAAUGAAAUCCUCUAAGAAAUCUAUAUUUUAACAAGUCAAAAUGUUACAGUAUUAAAAUACUAUAAAUUUGAAGAUAAGAUAAGACAUUUUAUGGAAAAUUAAUAAUUUUUAUUAUGUUUUUAGUUGAUAUUAUGCAUACACAAAAAGGUUUUUAUGGAAUUCGAUAGAUCGAAGCUACUAUUAUUUGUGUAAUAGAUCAUUGAUUUGUAUAGCAAACAGAUAGCCAAAUUGUAAAUUAGUGGCAAAACAGAAGAAGCAUAGAAAAGAGGAAUUUCUUUAGUUAAAUUCAUAAUUGAUAUCGGAGCUGAACAAUACUUAAAUUCUAUAUGUGAUUUGCUUUCAAAAACAUUGAAUGAUGAUUCAAAAUUCUUUUUGAGUAUUGUCGAAUCCUUUAUUAUUAAUAAAUAGUUCAAAUUCAUUCCAGAUGAAAUUUUAUUAAAGCUUAUUUCUUUGCUAAAAGGACAGAAAGCAAAGGUCUUCUUGCUCCUCAAUUAAUUAGAUCUAAAUAGAGUUAAUUACUCAAUUUAUUUAUAAGCUUGUUUGGAGAGCUAAUUAUUUUCUCCUAUGAUUUAUUUAUGUACUCAUUCAGCUAAGAAUGAAUUUUUAACUCCAUUAUUUUAGAUAUGGAACUAUAGCAUGAAGCAAUCAUAAUUAGAAAACUUUGAAGAAGAAAUCUUAAGUGUUAGGAAAGUGAUUUCAUUUAUAGAAUAUAUUCUCUAGGGGAAAUUAUAGGAUGGUUAAUAAAUACCUAUAGUUACUUUGAAAAGCACGAUUGAUAUGAUGAUUGUAUGGAUUUUUGAAGAAAAUAAUCUAAGGAGAAUGAUAUGGGUAGAUCCCUAUGGGGCAUUUUAUAUCUUGUAUUAAAUUAUGUCAACUACAAAAUUAUAUUAAAUUGAGUUAGAACAUUCCAAAAAUAUGAAUGUGAUUUAAAAAGUAAUGAAAAUGUUUAUGAAUCCCACAUACCGCUGGAAAUUUUAAUAAUAAGAAUUUGAAGUUCAAUAGUAGUUUAAUGAUAUAAGCGGAUACGAAAAUUACGAUGUUCAAACUGCCUAUUCAUUUUUUAUCAUUAAGUUAAUCUUUAUUUUAAAAUUUGAAGUGGAAUUUGAUAUAAUGAUGGAUAUACUGAUGUUUUGCACAUUUAAUAAGUCGUUCCUUUUCUAUAUUGAUUAUAGAUCAUAUGCGGAAGUGAUAGACAAAAAUGAAUUAGCUUAAUUAGAAUAACAUCAAAGUCAUUCAGAGAUUAUCGAGUAUUUUCAGUAAAGAUUGAUGCUUAAGUUGGUCGAUAUUUUAGUUAAUAAAAUCUAAACACCAAAACAUAAAGAGUAGAUAGAAAUUUUAAACGGAUUUACGGAUCUAAAGUAAAUACCUUUGAUUUAAGCAUAUCUCUACUAUUAUCUAGGGGAGUAUCAAACGCCUGUAUCUAUUUAUUUGAGAUCAAAUAAUAUUUUAGUAUAAAAGUAAGUAUUCAAAUAUUUGUAUGAUACUCUAAUUUUGAUGCAUGGCAAAGAAACAUAUGCAUAACUAAAUGGGAUUAUUGUAUCAAAAUUGCAAGAUCUGCUACAUUUAGAUAUCUAAAGGACUAGGGAAUUGAUCUGUUAAUUUUAAAAAGAUAAUGAACUCUUAGUUAUAGAGAAAUUAGGCCAGAAUAAAAAGUUAUAAUUAAAGUACAUUGAAACAGUAAUUAACAAGGAUAUGAAUUCAGAAUUUGGUUUGAGUAAUAUACUUUUGAUUAAGCAUAUUGAACUUUUGUGCGAGUUGGAACCAGAAAGAGUAUUAAUAUAAUUGUAGAAAAUUCAUUACCCUUUGGAAGAGGUCUUGGAAAUUUGUAAGAAAUUUUAGAACAUUGAAUCAUCUGCUUAUGUGUAUUGUAGAUUAGGAUUUAUUGGAGAUGCAGUAUAAUUGUAAAUUGUGAUUUUAAAAAAUUUGAUAUCUAAAGUAGUUGCUAAAUAGAGGAAUGUUGAUAAUGUUGAAUAACGUGAGUAUGAUGAAAUAGAAAAAAAAAUGAAUGAGAUUUCAGAAAUAUGUCAAUUCCAUUCAGACAACCCAGAAAAAAGUUGGUAUUAUUUUUUAGAUAAUCUAAUCGAGUUAAAUAAUUAGAUUGCAGAAGUUAAAUUGAAUAAAAUUUUGGUGAAAAAAAUUGGACAACUAUUUGAAGAUAUAUCAACUCAUACUCCUUUAGAUUUGUUUGAAUAACAAUUAGGUACUAAAUAUAGCAGCAUAAAUAUUAAGGAAUAUAAAGGGAACUUUAUUAAGAUGGUUAAUACUUUCUCUUAUCAACACUAUUUCAUUUAAAAUGCAAAAUUUAUGAUUCAACGCUUUUUUAAUUUGGAAUCACAGAACUUUUUGAGAUCUCAUCUCCAAGGAUAUUUUACUAUGAAUUAUUGUGAUAUUUGCAAUGAGUAAAUUGAGAAUAAAGGAUACAAGUAUUUGUGUGGCCAUUUUAUUCAUGUUGAAUGUAAAUAGAAAGAUCAUUAGAUAUGUUCAAAAUGUUUAUAAUCAGAAAGGUUCUUUUUGGAAUACACUAGUCAAAAGUAAAAGUUGAAAAUUAGUAGGAUGAAAAAUGAUGAAUAAAUUAAAUAAGCUGAUCCUAAACAUUUAAAUCCUUAAACAUAAAGAUAGAAAGAUGAGAAGUAAGAAACAAUAAUGAACAAUUCAGCUAAACUUUCUUUAUUUGAUAUAAAAAGGGAUUAGAAAUAUGAUUUGAGAAUGGAAUAAGAUAUUAAUAAAUUAAUGAGAGAGAAUAUUUGA